UCAAGUGUCAGCACACACAUCAAGACGUAAAAACCUAAAGCUUAAAUACCAGCAUAUGCUCUUGCAAUGGAGUAGGCCGGCAUUUCCGAACGGCCCUUUCGCUAUUCAGAUUUAGACAGAGAAAGAGGACGACUCACGCCUAAAAGAUUCAUUCAGGUGAUUGAACAAUGGGUGCCGGAGGGCGAAUGUCGAAGGUGUCAAAUGACAAAAAUACCCCCCAACGGGUCCCGUACCAAAAACCACCAUUCACAGUCGGCGAACUCAAGAAAGCAAUCCCGCCCCAUUGUUUCAACCGAUCCGUUAUCCGCUCGUUCUCAUACGUCGUCUACGACCUCACAAUCGCGUCCAUAUUCUACUACCUUGCGUCAAAUUACAUCCCUACCCUUCCCCACCCUCUAUCCUACGUGGCAUGGCCCGUGUACUGGGCCCUACAAGGUUGUGUACUAACCGGUGUCUGGGUCAUUGCCCAUGAAUGCGGUCACCACGCGUUCAGUGACUACCAAUGGCUCGACGACACUGUCGGCCUCAUCCUCCACUCCGCCCUCCUCGUCCCGUACUUCUCAUGGAAAUACAGUCACCGCCGCCACCACUCCAACACCGGGUCAAUCGAGCACGACGAAGUCUUCGUCCCGAAGCUAAAGUCAAACGUCCGGUCAACCGCAAAAUACCUAAACAACCCUCCGGGCCGAAUCCUAACCCUUUUAGUAACCCUAACCCUAGGUUGGCCCUUAUACCUAAUGUUUAACGUAUCCGGUCGAUACUACGACCGCUUCGCGUGCCAUUUCGACCCGAACAGUCCGAUUUACUCGAACCGCGAACGUGCGCAAAUCUUUAUCUCCGACGCGGGAAUUUUCGCGAUUCUUUAUGGGCUUUUUCGUCUUUCGACAAUGAAAGGGCUUGCGUGGGUCCUAGCUAUGUACGGGGGCCCGUUGGUUGUGGUGAACGGGUUCCUUGUUUUGAUCACGUUUUUGCAACACACGCACGCGUCGUUGCCCCACUAUGACUCGACUGAAUGGGAUUGGUUGCGUGGGGCCCUUGCGACUAUUGAUAGGGAUUACGGGGUUUUGAAUAAGGUGUUUCAUAAUAUUACGGAUACUCAUGUGACUCAUCAUUUGUUUUCGACUAUGCCUCAUUAUCAUGCGAUGGAAGCGACUGAAGCGAUUAAGCCGAUUUUGGGGGAUUAUUAUCAGUUUGAUGGGACUUCGGUUUUUAAGGCCAUGUAUAGGGAGACUAAGGAGUGUAUUUAUGUUGAUAAAGAUGAGGAGGUGAAGACUGGGGUUUAUUGGUAUGGGAAUAAGAUCGAAUGAAUGAAUGAAUAGAGAUAUGGAAUCGAAGGAAAGAGUGGCGAAAGUUUAUCUCUUUUUUUUCUAGUUGUGUUGUUUAGUGUUUGGUUUGGUUUUGAUGCCCGUUUGAAAACGGACGUGGAAAUUGUAGUGAGAGUUGAAUAAUAAGUUAUGUACUCGAACUUGAUGUUUGUAGCCACUCUGUUUUAGUUUUUUCGAAUGGAGCUUUAUCUAAGCAUCAA